CAACGGAAUUAAUUUGAUCAAAUAAAAGAAUCGUAUGAUUGCUACAGAAUUUUCAAUUUCAUUGUCCAUUCGAUGUUGAUAAAUGUUAAUGGUUUUUUUUUCUGUGAACAAAAGAAACAAAGUCAACAAUUCAAAGAUCAACGUUUAGACAAAAAAAAAGCAAGAUCCGUCGGCCAAAUUCUAUGCAAUAGUAUUCUUGUUGAUUAUCAUCAAAGAAAAUGAGCUUGGAUUGACGUACAAUGGCUGACAAUGGAUGACUAUGACAACCAAUUCAACGAAUCAAACGAGCUUGGUUAUAUAUACAUGCCAACCAAUAAAUUCACAUGAAUUAUUAAUUGGCGAUGAACACAACAUCAAAUGAUGUCGCCAUCAAAGUCAUUUUUUUUUGUCAUGAUAGUCGUGACCACUGAUAAUUGCAUGGGCUUCAUUUCCAUCUAAUUUAUCUACCUGUCCUGUUGUUGCCUUAAUUGCAAAUAUAGCCGGCGUGAUCAUUUGACAAAAAAACGAUUCAUAUAUUGUGAAUAAUGUUUCAAUAAUCAUCACUCUCAAUGCAAUUUCAAACGAAAAUCUGAGCUUUUUUUCUGUUGUUUUAAAUAUUACUUCACGUAAUACGUAAUAGAUUUUUCUACCGAAAUGUGAUUGGUGACAACCAUAUCUAGGCCAAAUUAUCAUAAUGGCACCUUAUUCUUUUCAUCUGAUCAUCAAUAAUUGUCGCUCAAAGUUUAAUGUUUCAGUUCAAUGUUUGAUGUCAUCACCAUUCGUUUUUUUUUCUUCAUAAAACAGUUUGAAUUGAUGAUCAAUUUCUGUGGAAUCAGAAUGUGACCACCACCAGUGAAUAGCGUGGUUUUUUUUCAUCAUUAUUUAUCACGUCAAUUGUUAUUGUAUAUCAAACUUUUAUUUGACUGUAAACCAAUCUAUUCUAGUGUCCGGCAUCUAUAGUGUCUGUGUCUGUGUUUAUAUUUGUGUGAAUGUCAUGUCCAAUCAAUUUGAUUUUCCAAAUAAUGGUCGUCAGUGGUUGGUAUACAUUUUGGUCUUCCAAUGAUCAUAAAAUUUAUUUCAAACAAAUCAAUGAAUAAACUGAGAAUUGAAUAUUUUCUCAUGUAUCAAAUGUUCUUUUCUCAAUGAAAUCGUGGAAUUAAUAAAUCCUAUAUACAUAUAAAAAAAAGAAAAUUGACAGAAACUACCGUACUGGCCAAACACUGUACAAACAUUGAUAAAAACUGGAAUCGAGCACUGGCGAAGACAAGGCCGUUUAGAGAGUCUUUUCAUUGGACUCUUGUACGGCAUCGGGCGAUAGGAUCGGCCGGCUUUAUAAAUAUAGUCGGUUGCUAUUUUGACCAUGAAACGGCAGAAUAUCCGUACAUUAUCGCUCAUUAUAUGCACAUUUACUUAUCUUCUUAUUGGUGCGGCCAUAUUUGAUGCAUUUGAAUCGGAAAACGAAGAUAAACAACGUGUUGCAUUGCAAACGUUCGAAAAUAUGCUCAAACGUAAAUACAAUAUGAGUGAUGAAGAUUUUCGUAUAUUGACCACUGUAGUCAUUAAAAGUGUGCCUCAUAAAGCUGGUAUACAAUGGAAAUUUUCUGGUGCUUUCUAUUUUGCCACUACUGUUCUUACUACAAUCGGAUAUGGACAUUCAACGCCAGCAACGCCUGGUGGCAAAACAUUCUGUAUGGUAUAUGCAUUGGCUGGUAUUCCAUUAGGAUUGGUCAUGUUCCAAAGUAUCGGUGAACGUUUAAAUACAUUCGUCGAGAAAGGAUUAAAACAAUGUAAAAAAUGUUUUCGUUGCAAAAAUCAAGAGGUAUCUGAAUCGAACCUGAUAUUGUUUGUCAUGUUAUUGUCGACAAUUGUGAUGACAACGGGUGCGGCCAUGUUUUCUACAUUCGAACAAUGGAACUAUUUUGAUGCCUUUUAUUAUUGUUUUAUAACGCUCACAACUAUCGGUUUUGGUGAUUAUGUUGCCUUGCAAAAAGAUCGUGCCCUACAACAGCGACCUGAAUAUGUUGCAUUUUCCUUGGUGUUCAUCUUGUUUGGCCUAUCAGUGGUAUCUGCUGCUAUCAAUCUUCUUGUGUUACGAUUCCUUACGCUCAACACUGAAGAUGAAAGACGUGAUGAAGCUGAAGCCGCCACUGCCGCACAGAGUGCCGUACGCCUUGAAGGCGAUGUCAUUACAGCAAAUGGUUCGAUUCUUGGCUCGGAGGAACAGCUACAAAAACGUGAUGGCGAAAAAUAUACUGGUGCCGGUUUGAAUGAUGAGAAUAUAUCCGUUUGUUCAUGUACCUGUUAUGGUAAUUCAUCGACACGUUAUUGGAAUGCUAGCACUCCUCGUUCCUAUCUUGAUGAUAAUAAUCCAGCCAGACCUUUAAAAACUCCAGCAUCAUCACCUCGAGUUCGUAUGGUUCGUUACUAUUAUAAUGGUGAUUCAUUACUCGGCAUGGAUAUCAAAGCAUUGGGCGAUAAUUAUGAUGGCUAUGAAAAAAUGGGUAAAAAACGACGUAAAGAACGGCUGAAAAGUGAUCUAUUUGGUUCAGCUUCUGGUAUCAGUGGACAAAGCCAUCAUCGAUCAUUGUUGUCUCGAUUAACUAACAAGUUUGGCCAUCAUCAUCAUCAGCCGUCGUCGUCAAAUGAUCGCCCUAGCCGGCGAUCCAUAUCUUUUGCUGCCUCAUCCACAACAUCUAAUCGCCGAUCGACUGAUCAUUCUACUAUGCAACAAGGAUCAUUGAUUCGUAAGCGAAACAAUAACGGCACUACGACUGAGAAAUGGAAAUCGACUCCUUCAACUACCAAUCAUGACAAUAGAGAAUUAUACAGUAUGAAAGAUUUCAGCAGUACGGUUAUGCAACGACCAACUACCAGUCACUCAAGUGCCCAACGACAUCAAUCUCCUAGCACCAGGCAUUUUCUAGAGAUACAGACAACUACACACCAUCAUUGUUAUGAAGAUGAUGAUUGUUAUCAUGAUGAUGAACACCCACAUCAUCAUGACCAUGAUCAUUUCAUAAGAGAAUCAUCAUCAUCAUCACCACCUCCGCUACUUAUGUCACCUCAUGAUUAUUGCACAUCGAUUGGUCAUGGAAUCGUUGCUUGUAGCAGUAGUGGUCUAUUGACCACGACGACAACAACGAUAGCAACCGGAACCAUGACAGCAUCCACAACGAUAACCAAUAUUUCACCAGUGCCUCCACAUGCCCAACAACCACCUCCUUCUACACUUUUUCUUCCAUCAACAUCACAUCACCAAUUACAACAACCGAAUCUACUUUCUCAUCAAUCGAAUUUUUCUUCGGCCCAUUCAUCAUCUUCAUCGAUAUCGACAUUCGGCCAACAACAACAACAACAGCAACAAAAUUGUGGUGGCCUACCAUUGGUUGCACAUCCAAUUCGUGAUAGACCUAUACGCCAUUCUCAUCAUGAUGAUAAUGAUUGUACCAUUAUCACCAAUAACACUUUGAUUGACACUAACAAUAAUAAUCAUCACAACUAUGAUGAACAGGAUGAGGACGAUCCAACAAAACGAGCAUCAAUUUGAUUAUAACAAUAACGAUAUAAGAAAUGAUCCCUAUCUAAUGAUGAUUGAUGGAUAUGAAUAGCCGUCCGGAUUUGGCAGAAUUCCAUGUUUUGAUAUCGGUUUAAGCCAUAUAUGCUUCUAAUGAAUCGAAUAAUGUUUCAUUAAUGGAAAUCACAGUAAAGAAUAAUCAAAACUUGUGGCUAUAUAAAUGAAGUGAUGGCAUAUCCAAAAACCGAAUCGGAAGUAGAUAUUAAUCUCUUCACAAUGGUUUUUUUUGCACAAUGAUAUAUAAUGAAUAUAUGAGAAUGACAUUCGAACAAAUACAGAACUAUAUGAUAUUGAAGCUGCUGUAUUAUACAUUCUUUAUAGACAAAAAAAAAUCAUCACGAUUACGGCCAUACUAUAGUCAACCGAUCAAAAUGUAUCGAUCAUGUAUGUAUGGACGACAGCUGUUUUGUUUCUUUGAUAAUUUUUUUUUCUAUUCAUAAUUUUUUUUUUUGUUUCAUCAUUGUUAUUGAUGCUGGUUGUUUUUUUUUGUUAAUCUGUUAUUCUGUUUUUCAAAAAUCAAAUUGUUGGCUAUCUUAUAAUAUGUAAGAAACAAACACAAAUAAAUAAAUAAAGUUUAGAAACCAUCA